AUGUGCCCGGCCAUUUCUCUUUGCUUUCUAUCAGCCCACCGCUCCGUAAUUCGACUGAGCCGAUAUGCGGUCUAG